CCCACCUCACCCACGGCGAGCGCUAGGUAGUCAGUGAGAGAAGAGAGCCAAGUUGAUCAGUGAGCGCGAGAGCGAGCGAUGGCGGCCGCGGCGGCGGCCGCGGCGGAGGAGGAGGAGGAGAAGGAGAGCGGCAGCAGCAGGAUGAUCACCCUGAAGAGCAACGACGAGAAGCUGGUCGAGGUGACGGAGGCGUCGGCGAGGCAAUCCAGGGCCAUCGCGAACUUGAUCGACGACGGCUGCGCCGAUGUCAUCCCGCUCCCCAACGUCGACUCCAAGACCCUCGCGAAGGUGAUCCCGUACUGCGACGAGCACGGCAGGGCGAACUCCGGCACCGACGAGGAGAGGGCGGCGCUGGGGAGGUUUGACGCGGACUUCGUCGGCGAGCUGGACAAGGACAAGGCGUCCCUCAUCGACGUCAUCAUGGCCGCCAACUACCUCAACAUCCAGGGGCUCCUCGACAUCACCUGCCAGCGCGUCGCCGACACGAUCGGGAGCGCCACCGCCGAGAAGAUCCGCGAGGCGUUCGACAUCGAGGACGACCUCACCGAGGCGGAGAAGAAGGAGAUCCGCGAGGAGAACGCCUGGGCCUUCGACGGCAUCCCGUAAGCCGUACUGUGUCCUCGUCGUCAUGAUUGCUGAUCUCUCGUAGAGGCCUAGCUGUGUGUGUUGUGUCUCUGGUAGAUUCAGAUCAAAUCAGGGAGUUUCGUGCAUUUUGUCCAAGAAGAACAGAGUCGGCUGUGUCGAUGCAUGCUUUGAACUGUUGGAUCGCUUGCAUGAAGUGAAUAUUUUGCCCCAAAA